CUCCGCUUCGCGCCUGCACAGAGCUUCACUUGGGACAUCGCGUAAAUCCUCUCAAAGAGACUGUACACUGGGACCCGUCGUCAGCAAGAACAGCACUUGAUCACCUCUUGGUUUACUAGCCUCUGUCUCGACACUUUUCUGUCUUUGUACCUCUCUACGUCCUAUAUUUUCUCCCUGAUUCUGCGCAAGACACCGUCAACAUGUCAGACAGGAAAGCGGUCAUCAAGAACGCCGACAUGAGCGAAGAAAUGCAACAAGACGCAGUAGACUGCGCAACCCAAGCAAUGGAGAAAUACAACAUUGAGAAAGAUAUUGCUGCCUUCAUCAAGCGAGAAUUUGACAAAAAGUACAACCCCACCUGGCACUGUAUCGUAGGACGAAACUUUGGUUCCUACGUAACUCAUGAGACCAAGCACUUUAUCUACUUCUAUCUCGGACAAAUCGCCAUUCUGUUGUUCAAGUCGGGAUAGUGGCGGAGCGCUACCAACAAGUUGGAUAAGUAUGUAGAGGGUGGAUGUUAUAUACACUUGUGGUUGAAUAAAUUACUAUGUUUCGCA